GUGCGCGCGGCCGGGAGGGCGAGCGACGGACAUGGCGGCCGCCCCGGGCCUCCCGUUUCUCCUCACGGGGCGGCUGCUGCUCCUGCUGUUGCUGCUGCUGCUGCUGCUGGCGGCGCCGGUCCGGGCCCGGCGGCCGGGCGACGUGCGGGCCAUCACCGACGACAACUGGAAGGACCUGCUGGAGGGCGAGUGGAUGAUCGAAUUUUAUGCUCCGUGGUGUCCUGCUUGUCAGAACCUUCAACCAGAAUGGGAAAACUUUGCUGAGUGGGGUGAAGAUCUGGAAGUUAACAUUGCAAAGGUGGAUGUCACAGAGCAGCCAGGACUGAGUGGCCGAUUCAUCAUAACUGCCCUUCCCACUAUCUAUCAUUGUAAAGAUGGAGAAUUUAGGAGGUACCAAGGUCCAAGAACAAAAAAGGACUUCAUAAACUUCAUAAGCGAUAAAGAAUGGAAGAGUAUUGAACCUGUUUCUUCAUGGUUUGGGCCCCGUUCUAUUCUGAUGAGCAGCAUGUCGGCUCUUUUUCAGCUGUCUAUGUGGAUUAGGCACUGCCAUAACUAUUUCACAGAAGAUCUUGGAAUACCAGUUUGGGGAUCAUAUGUAAUAUUUGCUUUAGUGACUCUGUUUUCAGGACUUAUCUUGGGACUUAUUAUGGUAUUUGUAGCAGACUGCCUUUGUCCUUCAAAAAGACAGAGACCCCAGCAGUAUCCCUAUUCAAAAAAAAUACCACCAGAAUCUACCCGGAUCUUGAAAAAAUUGGAAGAGGAACAAGAGGCCGAUGAAGAAGAUCUUUCAGAUGAUGAUGCUGAGAAGAAGAAGGCAUCCAACAGAGACUUUUCACAGAAUGCAGUGAGACAACGUACCGUCAACACUCCUGCAGCAGAUACAUCUUAGAUCAUUUUAGAGUUUUCUAAAUGAUAUUGAUGAGAAGCAGCAGCCUCGUUUAUCUCUAACCUUCUGGUUAAAGUGAACCAUGACUUGAACGUUGCUGGGGUUCACUGUAGAUUUACAAUCAUCAGUGAUCUGCUUGUUAAAAAUGACCAUGAUACCUCUUACCUCCCUACGCCCACCCCGCCGCUAUUUUGAAAAGCUUUUAAAAACUGCAGGAGUUGGAAGAGAUGCAGUAAGCCCACAUGAAUCACCUGUGUAACAGAACAAACCCUCCACGUGUGAUGCUUGAACUCAUUUGUAGCUUCUGGUGUGUAAGGCUAAAAACUAUGCUCUGAGAGUUACCAAUUCCUGUUACAUGCAAGGAGCUGGUGAUGAGCAGGAUUGUGUGUGUGUAUAUGUUUCCAAAGAUCGUUGCCGCCAAGUCUGUUAGAAGUAUGGAAUGAGUGCAUUACGGUAUUAGUGAACUAAAGAAAGAAAAAUUGCAAAUCAAUUUUCUCUAGAACAUUCGGAAGCCAUUUCGCCUUGAAAUCGAUUUUCUCUGCUCCACUGUGUGGAAAAUUAAGGAAAAUGUUUCCCGGGGCGGGCGGAUUGCAGUAGACACUCUCCGAUGGUAGUAAAGAUGCAGUUUGAAGUUUCACAAUAAUGGAGUUAACCAAGAAUACCCGUCUCUCUUUGCAGCUCCUAAUGCGUGAGCUCAGUAUGGGAAAUAUUGGAUGUGUGCACAUGAGGUGAAUCCAUAUUAUUUUUAUAGUUUGGCUAGCAUAGUGUUCUUGGUUCUAUGAAGAGUGAUUUUAUCUUUUCCUUCAUGUACCACUUUUUCUCAUUUUCCCAAAUUGAAUCACAUCUCAACUCCAGACUUUUAACAUUCUAAAAUGAUGGAAUUUGGUCCUUCGUCCAAAUGAAAAUAAUGGUUAAAUUUCAGAGCUGGCUUUCUGAACCUUCCAGGAUCCAGUUUCAAGCAUAGUUUAGUCCAUGAAUUCUUUAGGAUAUGAAAGACUAUAUACAUGAAUUGUUUUGAGGAAAAACUGUGUUUUUGGAAGUAAUUUUCUAGGUAAGAACUUUUUUUUCUAGAGAACAAAGUGUGUGUGUGUAUGUUGCACGUGUGUGUGUUAACAUUUUUAAUUUCAGACAGUGCAAGUGAAUUUAAUUUUAUAACACUUUGUUAACAAUAGCAUAGGUUACGGAGAAGGAAUUUUAAGGUUCUCAGUAUAAGCAAAUAGGAAAAAGCACCAGUUCCCAGUCUGAAAUGUUUUUAACUGAUUUUGCCAAAUAUAUCAAUUUUGGCAGAUGUUUUUGUAAAAGGAACAUUCCAGUUUUUUUACUAUACUUUACUAUGCCGUUAACAUUGUUGGCAGAAAGAGGUACCAUCCUCUUGCUUAGCGUGAAAAAAGAAUCGUGUGUGUCUUCUCACCUCAGUGUUACAGCAAAGUACAUUUUAUGCUCUUAAAAAGGGACAAAAAAAAAAAGGCAGGAGGAGGAGCGGAAAAGUGGAGAGCCACUAGGGAAGAACAACCAAAGUAAUCUUCAGAAACAAUUUCAACAGUAAUGUGUUCUCUGUAGUGUUUGCCUCAUCUAGAUUUUACUGCUGGUGUUUGAGCCCUCCAAAUACUUUACCUGUUUCACGUUGUUUAAAAAGUUUCUUCAAAGGGCUUUUUUUAACAUCUGUGAAUGUUUAUCACCUUAGAACCUGAAAAAAAUUACAGUGCCAUAAAAAUUGAUGUUAUGUGGAAGCUUCUGCAGAAGUACAGGCAACAGACUGAACUUUCAUAAGCAGUUCAGUGACUAACACUGAAGCCAGUAUGAUUUACAGUCGUGUAUUGAAAUUAAAAAGGAUCAAUCAGUA